AUGGAUCCCAUCCAUUGCACAGACAUAAACCAGGGCAGUUCCAUUGUCGAUGAAUACUCGACAAACCUCCAUGACAGCGAUAAACGCCAUCUGUUUGCUGGCAUUGUCUCAGACUCAUAUCGCAAGAGAUCGAGCUCUCGGUCAUUGGCAGGCUAUCUCUUCGUCUUUGUUCAUCUCGAUUUAGCACAGAUACAUCGACAAACUUGA